AUGCAAAUCACCCGCUGUGGCAUCCACGGCUUCCACGAAGCCCUCGGCAUCGACGCCGAAGAGCUACGCUUCUACUGGUCCAUCACCAGCGAGACUCCCAACGCCCAAACUGCAUACCAACUCACUCUCUCCACCGACGCCGCAUAUCUCACGCAGCACCCCCCAGCACCAGACUCUAACCCUCCCUUCUGGACAACCGGCAAGAUCACCAGCUCUGCCCAGCGCAACAUCCUCUGCAACCCGCCAAAUGGCUUCGCCGCCACAACCAGCUACUACUGGCGCGUCACCGUCUGGGACGCCGCCGGACACACCCACCACAGCAGCACCAACCACUUCUUCACCUCCUACCCUCGCUCUCGCCUCCUCCCCCCCUACAGCAUGAACCAGACCUACAUGCCACACAGCAGCCUCAUCUUCCGCACGUGGUUCGAAAACCCCCAGGACAAAUGGAAAGCCGUAUGGAUCGGCGACGGCGGCGACAAGCCGAUCUACCUGCGCAAGGGGUUCAGGCUCCCCGCGCGCCCCGUCCGCGCCGUGCUCUUCGCCUCCGGCCUCGGCCACUUCAAUAUGGCUGUGAACGGGGCCCCCGCGUCCACGCAUGUCCUGGACCCCGGCUGGACGAACUAUCAUCGGCGGGUGCAGUUCACAGCCUACGAUGUCACUGCGCUGCUGGGGGAGGGUGAGAACGUGCUCGCCGCGCAUGUCGGGAACGGGUUCUAUGCGGGAGACCAGGGGGAUCGGUUCUUUUGGCCGAUGUAUGAGGAUAACACGUACGUGCGGUAUGGGAACGAGUUGUGCUUUUUUGGGGAGUUGCAUACCUUCUACGAGGAUGGGAGACAUGAGGUCUUGGUCUCGGAUCCGAGCUGGAAGGUGAGGAAGAGUGCGACUUCGUUGGCGAAUAUCUAUGCGUCUGAGACGCAUGAUAGACGGGAUUAUCCGGUGGGAUGGGAUGGCGUGGGCUUUGAGGAUGGGGAAUGGGCGCCUGCGAAGCCCUUAACCGGGCCCAGAGGCUUCUUGUACUAUCAAUCGCAGCCGCCGGUGGUGCUGCAUGAGACGUUCCAGCCGGUGAAGGUGUAUUCGCCAAGGAAGGGCACGGUGUGUUAUGACCUGGGGCAGAACGCGUCGACGAUGGUGAAGAUCGAGGUGAGCGGGGCGGCGGGGGCGGAGGUGAGGAUUCGGUACGCGGAGACGGUCAGGGACGAUGGGACCGUCUUGAUGCCGGAUCCGCUGUUCAAGCAGUUCGAGACGGACGUGUACUCGAAGUUCUACCUGGGCGGGUCUGGCGUCGAGACCUGGGAGCCGGACUUCAGUUUCACGAGUGCGCGGUACAUCCAGGUCGAAGGGGUGUCGCUUUCCGAGGGCGACGGGCUCCCUGUGAUACACUCUGCUGUGGGCCGACAUGUGUCCUCGGCAGCGAGGAACCUGGGGACCAUGAAGACGGACAAAGAGGACGCCAACGCGCUGCUGAACGCGCUGUAUUGGACCUUCAGCAGCAACCUCUUCAGCUACCACACCGACUGUCCGCAGAUCGAGAAGUUCGGAUGGCUGGAAGUCACGCACCUGCUUGCCCCGGCGACGCAGUACGUUCGAGACAUGGAAUCCCUCUACACCAAGAUCCUCGACGAUAUCCUCGACGCCCAGGAACCAAGCGGUCUGGUGCCCACGAUGGCGCCGGAGAUCCGCUACAUGUGCGGCCCCCUCCACGACACCAUCACCUGGGGGUGCGCGGUAUGUCUACUCCCCGAUAUCCUGCGCCGGUACUACGGGUCCACCCACGUUAUUCCUCGCGUCUACCCCGCCGCAGCACGCUACAUGGAGUACAUGCGCACAAAAGAGCGCAAGGGCGGGCUCAUCGAGCACGGGCUCGGCGACUGGGGCCGCGACAUUGCGUUCGGGAACCACCAGGCGAACAUCGAGACAGCGGUAUACUACCGGUGUCUGCGGUGCACGGAGGCCAUGGCACGAGAACUCGGACUCGCCGACGACGCGGAGAAAUACGCGCGCUGGGCGGACCGAAUCCACGCCGUGUAUAAUCAGCACCUCCUGGUCACGGAUACCUCGGAAUACGGCUACGCGCACUACACCUCGCUGGACAGCUAUCCGGCGCGAGACCGCACGGCAGUCACGCAGGGCGUGGCUCGCCAGUUCGGGCUUGUGCCGGAUGAGUACCGCGACGACAUCAUGAAGGCGUUCCUGGCAGACACGAGCGAUGGACGGAUGCGGGCGGGUGAAAUCGGCCUUCCGUUCUUGUUCAGUACCCUGGCGGACGCUAAACGCCCGGAUCUCGUCCUGCAGAUGGCAAGACAAGAGGAGCACCCGUCGUAUAUGCGGUUCCUGCGCCGCGGGGAGACAACCCUGCUGGAGUUCUGGCAGGACGAGUGCCGCAGCAAGUGUCAUGACAUGCUGGGGACUAUUUACGAGUGGUUCUAUCGUGCCGCGCUGGGGUUGAGGCCCUUGGAGGACGCGUAUCGGCGGUUCGAGAUUGACCCGCCGUAUGAGGCGGAGUUCGGACAUGUCAAGGGGAGUGUGGAUUGUCCGUAUGGGUUGAUUGCGGUGGAGUUUACGAGGGGAGAGGGCGAGGUGAAGUUGGAUGUUGAAGUGCCGUUUGGCACGGUGGGUGUGGUUCGGGUUCCUGGGGGAAGGAAGGCAAAAGUUGUCAGGAGGGGCGAAUCUGGAGGCGAGGUCUUUGACCAGGACGUGGAUUUGUUGCAUGGGGUGUAUUCGAUUAUCGUGCGGGAGUGA